UGUACGAAUGACGUCUCCCUUAUCAGUAAGAGUUCAAGAUUUCAAGAUUUAUAACAUAAGUCAACGGCACUUGUGCAUCUACGUAAUACAUGAUUUUUACUAGCAAAUAAACACUUGUUAUUUAUGAUUAUGUACGAAGAGCUAUUUACUUCAAAUGCAGGAUCGCGGCUCUAAGAUGGGUGAAAGGUGCGCUCAUGGUUGUGCGUCGUGUAUUUUAAUACAAAACUAAGUACAAAUUUUCAAAUCAUCAAGAGCUACAGCUGGACUGAUUGUGUUUUGUAUGUUGUUGUUUUUAACGCGGAUAGUAUAAGCGUAUAGAAGGUACCGUUGAUGCUGGUUUUAAAUGUUUUACGGUCAAAAACUGCGUUUUAAGCCUAUCUAGUCAAGAAAACGUGCUGCUUUUUUUCACCACACUGAACAAAAAGUAAAUAGUAUUUUUAGUUUUUUAAUUUACGGCGGUAUGUUUCAAUUUGUCUGCAGAAUUAACAACGUUGGAUACUAUACCGGUAGAUUGUCUUAGUAGCAUUCUCAUCUCUUGGCGUGUGAAUAUUUGUACCAGAACUCAAACAUUAAUUUCCUUGGAGAACUUUGAACUUCUGAGUUUGUGUAUUGCUAGUGCGGACGACGUUGUCAUGAAAAUGAAACACAAAUCAAACGAAAUUGUGUUGGAUGCUUCGACGCUUGGGAACUUCGAGCCAUUGAAUCCUGCGGUUCAGAGUCCUGCGGCUGAAUCCAGGCGAGUAUCGACCAAUGAGCUAAGACCGGAAGCCAUCAUGGCCGACAAACAGAAAUUCGGCUAUGAACAAACACUGAUAUAUGGGCAAUACAGAAAAGACCUGGGCAGUUUUGCUAAAUUCCAAGCGAAGCUAUUAAAAUCUAAAGAUAAAAAAGACAUCGGCAAGCGUGAACCCAGAGAGACAUACAGACUUUUAGAAUGUUGGUAUCGGGUGGUACGGACCUGGCACUGGGUAGUGAGGAAGGUCGGGGAGGACUGGAUAUUCCUGGCGCUGCUCGGGAUCAUCAUGGCCCUUCUCAGCUUUGCUAUGGACUACGUCAUAGAGAAGAUGCAGGAGGCAAAGAUGUUGCUAUAUGAGGAGUUUUCAUUCUCAUUGCCUCUGCAGUACGUGGGCUGGGUCCUGUACUCCCUACUGCUCAUCAUGUUUGCCACUGGCUUCACACACCUCAUGUCCCCACAAGCCAUUGGUUCUGGCAUUCCAGAGAUGAAGACAAUAUUGCGAGGCGUUGUGCUAAAGGAAUUUCUCACGUUUAGGACUCUUGUUUCAAAAGUUGUGGGCCUUUGUUGUUCACUUGGGAGCACUCUUCCUUUUGGAAAAGAAGGACCGUUUGUACAUGUCGCUAGCAUUGUGGCCAAUCUGCUGGGAAAGUUGACUUCAUUUAAAGCUGUUUAUGAGAAUGAGUCUCGCAGGACGGAGAUGCUGGCAGCUGCAUGUGCUGUAGGUGUGGCUUGCACAUUUGCAGCACCGAUUGGAGGAGUAUUAUUCAGUAUUGAAGUAACGGCUACUUAUUUUGCUGUUCGUAACUAUUGGAGAGGGUUUUUCGGAGCUGUUUGUGGGGCCGUUGUCUUCCGGUUGUUAGCUUUCUGGUUUAAUAAUACAGAAACGUUAACUGCUAUGUUUAGAACAUCAUUAAAAACAGACUUCCCAUUUGACCCUGUGGAGUUAUUAGCAUUUUCAUUUGUUGGUAUAGCUUGUGGCUUCAUUGGGGCAUUGUUCAUAUUGUGCCACAGGAGAAUCGUAUUGUUUACAAGGAAACAUAAACAGAUGUCAGCAUUUUUGCAGAAAAACCGCUUUAUCUACCCAGGGAUCAUCACUCUUGUUGUCGUGUCCUUAACAUUCCCACCAGGCUUUGGGCAGUUCUUCGCUUCUAUGCUUACCCACAAAAAGGCUUUGAAUGAGUUGUUCAGCAACAUCACAUGGACGGAGAACCAGGCAAACAGUCUAAAGGACGAGACCAUGCUAGGCCACUGGAACCACCCUUCCACCAACAUCUACGUUUCAUUGGUCUUAUUCAUUAUCAAUAAUUUUUGGAUGGCUGCUAUUUGCAAUACAUUACCCAUUCCUGCUGGAGUAUUUGUGCCUGUUUUUACUAUAGGUGCUGCUUUCGGGCGCUUGGUGGGUGAGUGCAUGGCAGCUUGGUUCCCUAAUGGGGUCAAAUCAGGGGACACUAUACAAAAGAUAAUACCUGGCGGCUAUGCAGUCGUCGGUGCUGCGUCAUUGUCUGGUAGUGUCACUCGUACCAUAUCUACAGCUGUGAUAGUGUUUGAGGUCACAGGGCAGAUCUCUCACGUCCUGCCUGCUGUCAUUGCAGUGUUGCUCUCCAAUGCAGUGGCCAACUUCUUCCAGCCAUCUUUUUAUGACAGUAUUAUAAACUUGAAACGAUUGCCUUACUUGCCAAAUAUUGCGUCAUCAGGCUCGUGGAGUGUGUACGUGGAAGACAUAAUGGUGUCUCAGGUCAGCAGUAUCUCCUUCGUUUCCACCUUCAAGGAGCUAAAAGAGAUGCUGGAGACAUCCAAACACCGCACCUACCCUUUAGUGGACUCUCCAGAUUCCAUGAUCCUGCUUGGAUCGGUGAAGAGGUUUGAGCUGGAGCGGUUGCUAUGGGUACACCUUAGUCAGGAUCAGAAGGUGUUCCUGCUUGACGAUGAAGACAAGGAGAUGAAUUCCAUCCGCUCUACACCUGGCUCUUCUAGGGCACCCACACCACCCCCUAGGAUAGAGAUUAUUCCCCCAUCCCCAGAGGAGGUACGGAAGCCUCGCUUCAGCGUCACGAAAGUGGAAGAAAAGUUGUCCACCCCAAAGACGCGCAAAAAACCAGUAUUUGCAAUGACACAAGAACCCAUUUCAUCGUCAGUGAGUAAUUCGACAGAGAACCUGACACAUUCAGAGCUGCAGGGUCGCCAAUACAACACUAUGAGUUUGCCCCUAAGGUCAAUCCUCAAAAACAAGCGGAGGAUAUCCGUAACAAAAGCCUCCAGCUUUUCUGAUUUACGCACAGGACUUGAUGAACAUUUCCGCAGUUUGUCGAAAACUCACACAGAUAGUAUAGUUGAAGACAUUCCAUUCGUCAUAAAUAAAGACAGCAUUCAGCGAAUGGCCAGAAAAGUCAUGUUGCCGCCUGAACCAGUGAAAGUGAAAACGCUGUCAGAGGACAAGAAAGAGGCUUGGGAACAAGAUCAGCUGGCCAAAACCAUUGAAUGGGAAGGUUGUCAGAUAGACCCGGCCCCCUUCCAGUUGGUAGAGAGGACUUCAUUACACAAGGUGCACUCCUUAUUUUCCCUCCUCGGUCUGAACCAUGCCUACGUCACCAACACUGGUCGUCUCAUUGGGGUGGUGGCGCUGAAAGAAUUGCGAAAUGCCAUACAAGGUCAUAUAGAUGCAGAGCAUGCUAAGAAGAAAUCGUUUCAGAAAACGAACGGCAAAGCAAAGGCAGCAACAAACAAUGAUACAAACAAUGAUACUGACUCAGAAGAUGACAUUUUGAAUGAUCCCCAGCAGUUGGAAGUAGAACACCCACAAGAACCAGAUGGCUUUAGAAUUGUUCAUCGGUCAAAUGGAAAGUUCAAAUAUGAACCCGAAAGUGACACAGAUAUUGAGGACACAGACACACGUGUUUGAGUGUUCAGUAUAUGCAGUUUUUGUCUUUCGGUAUGUUUUAUUUAAUGUUUAAAAUAAAAAUACUUGGUCACAACUGAAUACAGGCAAGAUUUGCAUUUUUAUGCUACGAAACUGAAACUGAUUCGUGGUAAAUAUAUGUUUUUAUUGUAUUAAUUAAAGUAAAUUUUAUUGUAGAACAGUUUGGUGAAGUCAAAGAUGGAACUGGUUUAACUAGCACAGGCAUUUGCAGAUGGCAUGCCUUUUUACUGAGAUUUCCGAAUCAGGAUACCACUGUGCCUUUUUCCAAGUAUUAUCGUUCUGUGUUUUUGUGGAUGGGAAGAACGGUAAAAAUUAAUAUGAAAAAACAUGCUUAUUAACAAUAUACAUAUAUUAAAUGACAAUAACGUAGGAAUAUAUGUUGGUGUCGUUUUUUGUCUUAAAAGUACAUUUGCAGGAAAACUAUGAUCGGACACAAGUUUAUAUGGACAGAGAUAAUGCAUUGAAUAUGUAUUUUAUACAUGUAAAUGUUUUUCUUGGACAAAUGUAUGCUCAUUUAUCAUGAUCAAACUGCUUCUUAUCUACUGUACAGAUGUUUCUGCAAUUCGUCUUCUACGGUUACUUGUUCUUGCUCAAUUUUUAUAAAUGAAGUAAAUGAAAUUGAUAAUAUUUAAAUUUUAAAAGGACAAUAAUGAAGGAACUGACCGCAUUAUUAACAUGUUUAGGUUUGACGGCAUUUUAUUGGGAUUUGAAACCUUUUUUACAUGUAAAAGUGUCUAUACUGUAACUUUCUUCUCCACAUUUUAUUUUUAUAUGCUAGUCUUUACUUAUAUCCGGAUUUGAUUGAUGACCAAUAUUGGUUAUAUAUAAUGUUUGGUAUUUUCAACUUUUGUAUACCCCCCCCCCCCUUUUUGGGGAGGGAGGUGUUGGAAAAUAGAAUUGACCUUGUUCUUUCCGUCUGUCCCACUUGUAUGUGUCGCGUGAAACUCAAAUCCAAUAUGAUUUGUGUCAUAUGGAUAAAACUUAGCAAACAUAUGCACUUGCCUCUUUCUUAUUUUGGUUGAGAUAUUUUCGACAUAAAAGGAGCUACGGCCCCCUUUAUAGCGAAAGACUACAAUAUAAACUCGUGUAAACCGUUACUCAAAUGACAUUGCUGCUAGACGGAUGAAACUAUGCAUACAUACUAAACGACUAAGACCGUGCGAACCUUUAUAUUUUGGCUCAUAAGUUUUCGACAUAACUUGAAUUAUUUAUCUCUGUAGUAUGCACAAUUUACUUAUGAUGAGCGUAACUCAAAAGAUAUAUCUUCUAGAGGCUUAAACAUAGUAACCCUAGUGUGAUUUUACGCACCUUUUUAUUUUGAUGUUUUGUCAAAAACCGGAGUUGCGGCCCUUAAUAUAAAAAAUAACAGUUUUGUUUUACUGGUGCUACUGGUAACUAAACAGUUAUUGUGUCUGGAGAGAUACAAUUUAAAUAAUAUUAACUAGAUUGUGAAGUAUUUGCAACGCCAUUUUUGGUCAGGAUAUGCUCAAAACAUCUGAACUAUGACCCCUUUUUGCAAAUAAUACUUUUCUCUAUUUGUUUCGCGCAUGCAUUUCCAAUAGCGCUGAAAUGCUGGCUUUGACAACAAUGUUAAUCAGUAAUAUUAAUCAAUCAAUUAAUUUGCGCACCUUCAUAUUUCAGGUCAGAUUAUUUUCCUGAUAUAAGUGGAGUUUUCAACUUAAUAUCUUGGGGACCACGUCCUAUGAACAUAUGUUCAUUUAAAUGUGAUCUAAUAUUAAUUUGUAUACUAUGUAUGUGUGAUUAAUUGGUUAGAUAUCAAUGUGUUAACUAGCAGUUUUAUUUGCUAUUCCCAUUUACUUUUUCAUGAAUGUUUGGGAUCUGAUUGACCUUUGUUUUGAUUUCUUUAACCAGGUUUUCCGAAGGAAAAAACUGGUUAUUAGAUUGGCGAAUGCGGGCGGGCUGGCUGGCGGGCUGGCUGGCUGGCUGGCUGGCGGGCGGGCGGAACAAGCUUGUCCGGGCCAUAACUAUGUCGUUCAUUGUCAGAUUUUAAAAUCAUUUGGCACAUUUGUUCACCAUCAUUGGACGGUGUGUCGCGCGAAAUAAUUACGUCAAUAUCUCCAAGGUCAAGGUCACACUUUGAGUUCAAAGGUCAAAAAUGGCCAUAAAUGAGCUUGUCCGAGCCAUAACUAUGUCGUUCAUUGUCAGAUUUUAAAAUCAUUUGGCACAUUUGUUCACCAUCAUUUGACGGUGUGUCCCGCGAAAUAAUUACGUCGAUAUCUCCAAGGUCAAGGUCACACUUUGAGUUCAAAGGUCAAAAAUGGCCAUAAAUGGCUCUUGAGAUAUAACCUUCAUAUUUGGUAUGCAUGUGUAUAUGGACAAGGCCUUUAUAUACGCACAACAAUUUUGACCCCUGUGACCUUGACCUUGAAGUAGGGGUCUGCGUUUAGGUUUCAAAAUCUGCGUUUAGGUUUCGAAAAAUGCUCUUAACUUCUAUGUCCCUUGAGAUAUAACCUUCAUUUUUGGUAUGCAUGUGUAACGCAUGGACAACGCCUUUCCAUACGCACACAAAUUUUGACCGUCCGUCCGUCCGUGUGUCCGUCCGAAAACUUUAACGUUGCUCAUAACUUUUGCAAUAUUGAAGAUAGCAACUUGAUAUUUGCCAUGCAUGUGUAUCUUAUGAAGCUGCACAUUUUUAGUGGUGAAAGGUCAAGGUCAUCCUUCAUGGUCAAAGGUCAAAAAAAAAAUAAUUCACGUGCAUAUCUCCAAUGUCAAGGUCGCCACGACUAAAAAUAGAUUUAUUUUAAAACAAACUUACAAAGGGGGUUAAUUUUCUUUGUUCAUUUCAAAAGUUCAGUUUGAGUUGUCUCCCUUUAUCAGAUUUUUUUUCACAAUUAAAACUUGGUUUUGUGACAAUUUUGUCCCUUGUUUUAUUUUUUUUUUGAAAGCGACAUUUUGUCCUUUAUAAUACCAUAAUAUAAAAAGUAUGUGUUUCAAUACUGUUUUUACCAAUUCACUGGUCACUUGCCAUAUAUAAAGUACCACAAACGUGUGUUUAAUAGGAAUGCAAUACUGCUGGAGCAACUUGAGUUUCACUUCUUUAUAUCAAUAGUAUGUUAUUAUAUUGUACGUUAUCAUUAGUAUUCAUAUUACGUAAAAUUUGUAUUUUCCUUUUGUGAAGUGUUUUUUUAUGUUGAUAAACAAAACUGUUUUGUUGGGUCAGAACAUCAGCAUUGUACGUUCCUUAGGGGUGCGGUAGUCGAGUGGUAACACUCUGGUCUACCAUUCCAGAGGUCCCCGGUUCAAUCCCUGGCCAGGGCACUGGAAAUUUCAUUAAUGCUUCAAGUGUUUCCCACCCAACUAGAGAUGUACUGGUAUGAAACCCAGGUAAUUCUCGCAUGUAUCGGUGCUAUACACGGGGCACGUUAAAGAACCAAUGGAUCUAUUCGUAAAGUGCUAGUGUAUCGCACCCGGAUUCCUUGUAUCUCAAUACUGUCUCUUCUGCUUGCUGUCUCUUCAGCAAAACCAAAGGACCCCAUUGGAAAUAAGUGCUUGCACUUUCAUGGGUUAUCAUUGACUGCAAGGUCAAAAGAAAUACACACAUACAUUCAUACAUUCUGUUUAUUUGAAUUUGUGUUAAAAUUGAAUUACGCUCUUUAAGUGCAUUUGAAUAGGCUGUUUACUUUUUUUUCUUUUUUUUGUCAAACAGCCCAUGGCCAAUCAACAACCAUUGGAUCAUCAUGGAAACCUAAGCAUAAUAUCUUGGCCAUGUUCGAUAACCAGCUAUAUAACCAAUGGCACUUAUGAAGUUUGGCUUUAAAUAAUAAACUGUCAAAUUAACCUUGCCUGUCCUCAGAUUCAAACCAUUUGAAUUGAUUCAUAAAUAAGUUUCGUUAUAUUUUGUAUUUUAAUCUUGGCUUAUUUCGAUAACCAUUAAGUUUCAUGAGGUUCUUUUAGAACUAUUGCCAGUUCUGAGUGCUUCUGAGUAAUUGCCCUUUAAUAAUAUAAAAUUCUCCAAAGGAAUUUUUUCCACUUACUAACUGAACUAGUAUUAAACUUAUAUCACCAAGCUUGUCAACAUAACAUAGACCUUUAAAUAGACCUUUUUAUUAGUUGGUACUCUUAUUGUAAAAAGAAGUAUGUUUUGUUUUGGUUGCCUGAAUUCGAUUUUAUCAUGACAUUAUAGUAUAUUAAACAGUUUGAUUUAUUUACAUCGAUCUAUUAUUGAUGUUAGAUCUAGAUUAAAUUGUGUUGGUGUUGCUAUUAUGUAUAAGUAUUGUGUACAGUAAUAAACCAUAUGAACCCCGACUUCUUGUUAACGCAUAGUGAUAGCACUCAUAGAUUUGUGAUAGUAUUUUUUUAAGCCGUAUACAAAUUGCUAUGCACAAUUCCCUAUCUGAAAGCCAAACAUAUAAAAUAACAAACUGUUGUUAACGACUAUUCUUGAAUGUUAUUUACAUGCAAUACGUAUACUGUAAAUAUUUGUAAUAUGGUGUUUGUGGUUUGUUAUACCAAUACAUGUUAGUUUUGUUUUUGUUUUAGAAGCUUUUUUGUUUCAAUAUCACUUUGCAAAAUUUGUCUCAGCCAUAAAAUUGCCAUAUAUUUAUAGAUUUUGAAAUAAUUUACCUUAAAUGAAAUCCACUACAAGACGUCUUGUUGCAUGUUAUACUCCUCCCUCCUAGAUCCAGGUCAAUAUAAGAGUUAAAAGAGAUUUUUUUUCAUAACACAACUUUUUGUACUUCUGUCAAUCAUCAUGCUUUUUUUGGAUAACUUACCACUUAGCCAAUAAUGAGGACACGGCAUUCCGUGCGCAAACUCCGUAUCCCUACCUCUUAGUUCAAUUACACACUAGAAAUCAAAGUUCACACUUGGCCAUACAACAGAUUGACCAGGCCGUGACUUUGUAAUUUGUCUUUCUAUUUUUAACCCAUUUAUGCCUAGUGGACGCUCCCAUCAUUUUAAAUUGGAUCAAUUUAUUUCCAAAAUUAGGGAUAUUUAGUAUAUUUAUUUCUAUAUUUACAAUAUUUGUUACAGAAAUUCCUUUAAGCAAACAGCUCAGACCCUGAUGAGACGCAGCAUCAUGUGGCGUCUCAUCUGGGUCUACGCUGUUUGCCAAGGCCUUUUUUCUAGACGCUUGGCAUAAAUGGGUUAAGAAAACUUAUCGAAAGGCAAAAGGUCAAACUUAGAGGUCAAAUUCAAAAUUGGCCUCAAACAAUUUGUGUUUGACAAAGUCUGAGUUUUGUGAUAAAAAUACAAAGUUUGGUAAGCUUUUCCCUCUGGACACAGGACUUGUUAACUUAGACCAGUGUUAUUGUUCUCUUACUAAAUGUGACCAUUUAAUCAAAUUGUAUUUGAUGUAAUUCAAAACAUGUCCUCUUCUUGGAUUGAACUAUUGCACGUUUAAUGAUCAAUACAAAAUAUCUAAAGACAUUUCUAUGAAUAAAGAGACUAUGAAUGAUAGCUCACUGUAUCUGUGUUACAUGUUAUAUAUCCAUGCGUUUAAGUUUUAUAUGUCAUUAUGUGUGUCCCUUGUCUUUUAUGAAUCUAUUUUGUAUCUGUUUGGAUAUUCAGUCCCUUUAACGGUAUGCGCUCAACAAUGUACUGUGAUGAUAUACAUGUACUGACCAACUUAAAAAUAUGCUAUCUUUAUUGGUCAGAGCUUAAAAACAUGUGCGAGAGAUUGCAUGCUACUUACCAUGUUGUGCCUUUAAGUGUCGCAAGACAACCGUAUUCAUAUGUAUAAUUGCAGUAUUAUACCAUAUUUUAAACUGCUUUCAUUUCAGUCUUCCAGUCGUGUUUUCAAGUGUGUAUAAUUUUAUUGUUUUUCAAUCUGAUUUCAUGUACAUUUUAUCUGAAAACUACUUGAUUAAAAUAUAUUCCAAAUGAAAGAUCUUAAGAGUGAUGUUCAUGACUUUGUUACAUUGUGUAUUUGUGUUUUUAUAUUAUUUUUAUGUUUGUUACAUCUCAUUUUGUUAUUGUGCUUAUGUUCUUGGUGCAAAACAAAUUAACCUGUAUGAAAGGUUAAUAUUUUUAUUUCAAUUUUGAUGAUACUUUUAUUUUAUUUUUACGAUAUUCUGGUUUUGCGAUUUGUAUAUUCGUUUGUUUUGUGCUUUUUCAAACCAACUAUACUAUUCCACUUAUUUCCGAAAUUUCAGAUUUUUAGCAGUUAAUGAUGAAGAGAAAGUGUGUUAAUUAUUUAAAACUUAUGCGCAAAUGUGUGCUUUUAAUGUGUAUUUGUUUUGUAAGUAUUACGAUAUUUUGAAAUCUAUUAAACUCUUUAUCCAUGA